AUGGCACAUCGCCGCAGUGGCGGCGGCGGCGGCGGCGGCAGCAGCAGUAGUAGUAGUAGUUCUCGCAGCGCCUACUACUUCUUCGUGCGCGACCGGCUGCCCGAGCUGCAGCGACGCGGCCUGCCGCUGGCCCGCGUGGUCGACGCCAUCCCCUACUGCUCCGAGGAGUGGGCGUUGCUGACUGAGGAAGAAAAGGUGAAAUAUACAGAGAUGGCUCGUAAGUGGAAAGAAAAUAAACUUCUCCAGAAGCCAGUGAGAGAGAUGCCUAAUCUGGCUCAUCCAGUUUCUGCUUGUCUGACCACAAAGACACCCAGAAGUACUUCUCUUCCAGAUGUCUCUGCUGUAUCUUGGAAGAAUGAUCAGGCUGUGAUUGCAGACAUCAUCUACUUCCUGAACAUUUACAGCCAUGGCGAGCUACUGUCUCACUGUGAACAGCGCUUCCUCCCGUGUGAGAUUGGCUGUGUCAAGUACUCCCUGAAGGAAGGCAUAAUGGCUGAUUUUCAUCACUUCAUAGAUCCUGAAGUGCCACCACGUGGUUUUCGGUACCACUGCCAGGCUGCAAGUGAUAACACUCAUAAGAUCCCUAUAUCUGGAUUUGAGCUGUCACGUGCUCGUUACCCAGUUGUCUUACGUGAACUUCUUGCUUUCGUCCAGCCACCUGGAGGUGUUUGGCCUCGUUUUUACUGCAGGUGUGAUGACAGAUACAGAAUCAACUGGUGCCUCAGACGAAUGGCUAGCAUGUCAGGCAUUGAGAGCCAUCUGGAGCUUCUUAAUGUAGAAGACCUGAUAGUAGAACUGUACUGGAAGAAAUAUCAAAAAGAGCCAUCCAAGACUUGGGUGUGUAAAGAACUAGAUGUCUUCCUAUGGGAUUACUCCAGUAAUACCAGGUGCAAGUGGCAUGAAGAGAAUGAUAUUCUUUUCUGUGCUUUGGCAUCCUGUAAGAAAAUUGCUUAUUGUAUCAGUAAAUCUUUAGCUAGUGUUUACGGAGUCUCACUGACAGCAGCUCACCUACCUCUUGAAGACUAUGAUUCCCAUGACAGCACAAAUGGCAAGAUAGUAGUACUGGAUGCUGGACGUUUCCAGAAAAUGAAGGCUAAGAGUAAUGGACGUGACAGCCACUUCACUUCUCCAAAUCAUGAUCAAGGAUUUGUCUCUCCUGCUUGUGAUUCUCCUUGUGGUGUGAAGACUCCUCCUUAUGGAACGAGCACCAUGCGAGGAAGAGGAAUUACUCGAUUACUGAAAAGUGCAUCUCAUCUAACUGACUCUUUCAGUAGUUGA